ACUUUACUAACAUAUGUAGUGUUUAAUUAAUUAUCUAAAUGGAGAAAAGUGGUGUGACGUGAUAGUGGUUUGCUAGGUGGCUAAUGCUACACGGAAAACAAGCUCAAACAGUUUACUUUUACCCUGCAUUCAUGUGCUCUGGGAAGAAGAUAUUUUCCAGUUGGGAAGUGGUAUUUACCAGUGUGUUGUGUUCACAUGCUUUUGUUGUGGUUGACAAAUUAAAGAUGGUGGACCAGAUUCAAGUUAGCAAUAGUUAGUUAGCUAUCGUUAGCAAUAGCGUCUGCUCUGGAUAGGUAAAAACAAACCAUAACAACACAUUUUUAAAGGAAACGGAUUUCUAAUGUAUUAUAUUACACUUGUUAAUGACGCAACAUUGCAUAGACACCCAAAACUACCCACUAGUACUAGUAAAAAAAACUUUAGUAGCGUACAAUGCUUAGCAUUCAAGUGUCUUGUACCGCUCGCCGCCAUGUUGAAAAGGUUAAAGUUCAUCUCAUCUCGGCAACUCGUGUAUCAAAAUUUUCUACGAGUUGCCCAGUGGAAAAUACCACAAGAGGGGGCGUUCAUGUGUGCUUUCCAUGUCGGCGUUUGGUAUUUACCAUAAUUCCCAUAGCACAUGAACGCAGCAUUAAAGUAAACAGUUUCCGAACGAAUCGGAUCUUUGAGUCAUCCCUAUCAUUCGAUUCUUUUACAUGAACCAUAUGAGAGUCGACUCGGGUUCAGGUUACUGAAUGGCUUCGGCAUGGCACAGAGUCAAAUCACUGCAUCAGUGGAUCCUGGACAACGGAGAUAAGAGGACUGACCCAUGGCUGCUCGUUUACUCCCCCGUUCCUGUCUUCUGUAUUUUUCUCUGCUACCUCGCCAUCAUCUGGCUUGGACCCAAACUCAUGAGAAACAGGAAACCACUGGACCUCAAACUUGUGCUUAUAGUUUACAACUUUGCUAUGGUUUGUCUGUCGGUCUACAUGUUCCAUGAGUUCUUAGUGACGUCUUGGCUCUCAGACUACAGCUACCUCUGUCAGCCUGUCGACUACAGCAGCAGUCCUCUGGCUAGGAGGAUGGCCAGUGUGUGCUGGUGGUUCUUCUUCUCCAAAGUCAUCGAGCUCAGUGAUACAGUGUUUUUUAUCUUGCGUAAGAAGAACAGUCAGCUGACCUUCCUGCAUGUGUACCAUCACGGCACCAUGAUCUUCAACUGGUGGGCCGGAGUCAAGUACGUGGCCGGGGGACAGUCAUUCUUCAUUGGGCUCCUCAACACAUUCGUACACAUCAUCAUGUAUUCGUACUAUGGUCUGGCAGCUUUGGGUCCACACAUGCAGAAAUAUCUGUGGUGGAAACGUUACCUCACCUCCAUACAACUGCUGCAGUUCGUUCUUCUCACCACACACACCGGCUACAACCUGUUCACCGAGUGUGACUUCCCCGACUCUAUGAACGGCGUUGUGUUCGCCUACUGCAUCAGCCUCAUCCUGCUCUUCAGCAACUUCUACUACCAGAGCUACAUGAACAGGAAGAACAAACGCUCCUGAUCCAGACUCUGGACCCAUCCCUGUUCCAGCUCUGCUCACUUCCUCUUGCGAGAAGUCGUUUAAUUUAAUGUCUGUGUUGCGCUUUAAAAAUGACGGCUGCACAUCAGCAGGCCGGAGUGACGAGAGGAAGUGAGUUGAGGUGGAUUUGGGACCUUUCUUUAAACAUUCCAGUUUUUUUUUUUUAAACGCACCCUUAUCGAAGUCCCUUCAUCACUUCCUCCUCAGUUCUCAGGGUUUUUAUUACUGUACGACUGCUCCAGCUUUAAUAAAGUCUAAAGAAAAGGAAUCAAACCAACAUCAGUGUGGACUUCAGGACAAAAACAUCCUCAGACCAAAUCACCAUCUUCUCCUCUGUUCUGUAAACGAUGCAGUAACAGGGAAGGUUUCAAACUGGAUGUUCCACUUUAAUCAGCUUUACCUGUGGAAGCUGCUGCUGUUUUGUUGGUCGUACGACUUCAAGAACCUCAUCACCACGAGUUCAACAAAAACUUGAACCAAACGAGAAAUUCCUGCAGUUCUGUGUUCAGAGGAACGCAAACCAACGCAAUUAAAACACAAGGAUUUAAAAAUCA